AGGCGCUUAGCAAUAAUCGAGUUAUUUCUGCUCUAAUUUGCGCGUGUGCUCCAGUAAUUUCAGCAGAGCAAAAAAUGGCAGGAAAGGCCUCGGUCGCGCUGUUCCUGGCCGUCAACAUGGUCGUGUUCGCCGUGGCCAGCGCCACCUGCGGUGGCGGCUGCCCCACGCCGUCGACCCCGUCGACGCCGACCCCAACGCCGGCGUCGAGAGGCAGGUGCCCCCGCGACGCGCUGAAGCUGGGCGUGUGCGCCAACGUGCUGGGCCUCAUCAAGGCCAAGGUCGGCGUGCCGCCGGCGGAGCCCUGCUGCCCGCUGCUGGAGGGGCUCGUCGACCUCGAGGCCGCCCUGUGCCUCUGCACCGCCAUCAAGGGCAACAUCCUCGGCAUCAACCUGAACCUGCCCGUCGACCUCAGCCUCAUCCUCAACUACUGCGGCAAGACCGUGCCCACCGGCUUCAAGUGCCUCUAAGCUACCAGACGCUAUGCAUCCAUCGUGGUUUGGUUUGCUAUGUGCUAUACACGUUCUAAGUAUCGGAAGCUUGCAUGCACUGUGGGGAGGCAAAGGAUCGGACGUGCGCACGCAUGUAUCCGCGUUCGAUUUGCUUGUGUUGUUCCGUUGUCUUAUUUAUUCUGGCAUGUCCCUCUCUGAGUUAUGUGGAUUUUUGUUCAUUUACAUUUGCAACCGGAUUGUAUGAAUAAAAUUUGUUUGCUAUA